AUGGCUCAAAGAUUCAAUUUUUAUCUCCCAAUUGCGCUACUGCUUCUUCUCUGCUUGCGGGAAUCCUGUUGCACCUCAUUGAAUUAUCUCAAAAGUUCCAUGAUUAAGGAUAAAACAGAAGAUGUACUUUUGCCCAAUACUUCCCCUACUUCAAGUCCUCAGCCCUUUCUUCCUCUACUUGCACCUUCUCCGUUGAUACCAUUCACGAAUAGCACUGUCCCCAAGUUAUCUGGACUUUGUACCUUGAACUUUACUGUCAUCACAAGCAUGAUGCGAGUGACAUCAAUUGAUUGUAUGGCUGCAUUUGCACCAUUUCUAGCUAAUGUUGUGUGCUGCCCACAAUUGGAAGCCACGCUAAGCAUUCUGAUAGGUCAAUCUAGUAAAGAUACUGAUUCACUUGCUCUAAAUGGGACUCUUGCAACGCAUUGCCUUUCAGAUUUUGAGAAGAUUCUGGUGGGUCAGGGGGCCAAUGAGGAUCUAUUUAAGAUAUGCCCUAUUCGCCCAUCAAACCUUACGGAAGGUUCUUGUCCAAUUAACAAUGUUAUUGAGUUUGAGAGCACAGUGGAUUCAGCUAACCUUCUUGCAGCCUGUGGGAAGAUUGACACUUUGAAUGAAUGUUGUGAGCAAGUUUGUCAGAAUGCAAUAGUGGAAGCUUCUAGCAAGCUUGCUGAAAAGGCUUAUAAUCUCGUGAGCCUGUAUGGAUCCCACGUGAUGUCUGACCUUUCAACUAGGGUUAAUGAUUGCAAAAAUAUUGUCCUCAGGUGGCUUGCUAGUAAACUUGAUCCUUCUCAUGCAAAAGAAGUUCUUCGAGGACUGUCUAGUUGCAAAAUUAAUAAAGUUUGCCCUCUGAAUUUCCCCAACAUGAGCCAUGUCAUAAACGGCUGCAAUGAUGGAAUAAGUAACCAGACAGAAUGCUGCAACGGCGUGGAGAGCUAUGUGUCUCUCCUGCAAAGGCAGAGCUUCAUCACCAACUUGCAGGCUUUAAAUUGUGCUGCCUCGCUUGGAGUAAAAUUACGGAAAGCAAACAUUACCAAAAAUGUUUAUAGCCUAUGUCAUAUUAACCUCAAGGACUUCUCCCUUCAAGUAGGUACAAAAGAGUCAGGAUGCCUUUUGCCAAGCUUGCCAUCAGAUGUAGUACUAGACAAAUCGUCGGAGGUUAGCUUCGUCUGUGAUUUGAACGAUAACAUUCCAGCACCUUGGCCUUCUACAUCUCAAUUAGCAGAUUCGUCGUGCAACAAGACUGUCAAGAUUCCCGCACUUCCUGCAGCGGCAUCUGUACAAAGCAGUCGACACGGCAUAAACACAAUGAAUUUUCUUCUACUUUUGAUGGUCUAUGCUGCCCUCAUGAUCAUGUAA